AUGGAUGAUAUGUAUUUAGAUGUAUCGGCUGGGUAUGUUGACGAUUGUAGGAUAACUCAAAUUGAUUAUCAUUCUUUUCUACCUUAUUCAACAUCUGCCCUCUCUAAUAAUGACGAAGUACGUAUUGCCUUGCAUAACACAGAGUCGUAUACUCUACCAUGUGAAAGUUAUAUCUAUAUCGAGGGGACAAUAACCAAACCUGCUGAAAUAACAGAUGACAUUCGAUUUAUAAACAAUGGACUAGCAUUUCUUUUUUCCGAAAUGAAAUAUGAACUGAACGGGAUUCAAAUUCAAAAACUCGCUAACCCAGGUAUAACUACAACAUUGAAAGGAUACUGUUCGUAUAAUAAAUCGGACAUAGUGUCACGCUAUAACGCUGCCUGGGACGAUGAUAUUAAAAAUUUUAAUAAAGAUUUUAUUGAGAGCGGUAUGUUCAACGGGUGUAUUAAUCUUAAGGAUUUGUUUGGUUUUUGCGAGGACUAUAAACACGCACCUAAACUAAAAGACGUUAAGAUAAAUAUCACGAAAAUAUUGUGGAGAAUGCCCAUAGUCAAGGUCAGCGACAGAGAAAAAAUACAGCUGUUGAAAGUAGUAAACCGACAGAAAGCUUUAAAAUGUGCGUUUAGAUCGUGGGAGUUGUGCGAAUACCCAUUUCUCCCUCAAAACACAUCGCACUCGUGGAAAGUAAAAACAUCCAAUAAAUUGGAAAAACCACGAUAUGCUAUAAUCGGAUUUCAGACUGAUAGGAAAAACAGUAUGAGCAAAGCAAUGUCAUAUUUCGAUCAUUGUAAAAUCAAAAACUUGAAGGUUUAUUUGAAUUCCGAGGUAUUCCCUUACGAAGAUUUCCAAAGUGACUUUACUAAGAACAAGAUGGCUACAUUAUACCGCGCAUAUGCCGAGUUCCAGAAAUCCUACUACGGCCGUGAAAAUGUUACACCUCUAUUGACUCGAUCGGAUUUCAAAAAACUAUCACCGAUUAUAGUUGUGGAUAUGAGCAGACAGAACGAUAAUGUAAAAACUUCGACUGUUGAUCUCAGGAUUGAGAUCGAUACCGAAGAAGCGUUUCCAGCCUCCACCUCAGCAUAUUGCUUAAUAUUACAUGACCAGAUUAUAACUUAUAAUCCAUUUAAUGGUGAAGUAAGAACAAUGUAA